CGACGGUGUUUGCGAGCAGUAUGGGUCUGAAGGUGACUGUGGAGGAUGCUAAGUGUAUCCAGGCGAAUGCCUUCAUCCAGGAGGGCAUCUUUCAGGAGUACGCCAUCAAGGAAGACCAGCUCACAUUCAAGAUCAACCUCACUGUCCUCCUGGAGUGCCUGACAAUAUUUGGGAGUGGGCCAGUGGGAGGUGCAUGUACAAGUUUGAAAAUGUGUUACCAGGGAUACGGCUGUCCUCUCAUUCUCAUACUUGAGGAGGAUGGUGUAUUGACCGAUUGCAGUAUCAAGACCCUGGAGCCGGAUGAGGUCCUUGAUUUUAACUUCUGUAGCACUAAUGUCGUCAAUAAGAUCAUCAUGAAGUCGGAGUGUUUAAAAGAGGCUUUCAAUGAGCUGGACAUGACAAGUGAUGUGCUGGAGUUCCUCAUGUCGCCAGACGCCCCACACCUGCGACUGUCGACCUUCGGCAAUGCUGGCAGCACCACAGUCAGUCGUGGUUACUUUGUUAAAAUUGAUGGUUUGCAUAAGUAUAUGAUAAAUUGUUAUAUAAGAACUUGAGACAUUUAUCUUUGAAAGUAUUAAGCUUUGUAUUCCUAAGAACAUUUGUAUUCUGGCUUGGUUUUUUAAAAAUGGA